GAUGGUAUGGGGACUCUUCCAGCACGGAUGGAGGGACAACGCCGGAUGGAAGGGCAAUCGCGGGGGCAACCUCGGAACUGUUGGCAUCGACUGGGUCGACUGCUGGGUCGACCUGAAGAUGAUAUCCAUUAUGGUCACGUUUUUCCUGGCCUUCUAUGUGAACCAGUGUUUUGGGAGAUACCAGCACAUCUGCGCGACCACACAGAAGAUGUUUGCUUCAGCUCACGACUUCAUGUACCAUGCCCGGCUCUUCCUACGGAAGCCGGACAAGCCGUACGACCGCUUGUCCAGCCGCUGGAUCACCGCAGUGUCGCUGCUGGGCGUGGCUCAGCUGGAGACGCGUGGACAGACUGACCUGGACGAGCAACAGUGGAAAUCCUUCGUCUCCUCGGGGUUGGUGCGGAAGAGCGAGGUGGAGUUCCUGCGCAGUUUGGGAGGCUUGGGGAGGCUCCUAGUUGUCACACAGAUGGCCGGCGAGGUGGUCCGAAGUGCGCUUGAGGCUGAAGGAAAGGCCGACGCCGCCAGGGACUCUGUCCUUACAGAAAUGGUGGACCGACUCCUCGUUUACAAGGAGCACCACCAGGAUCUGCUGGACCUUUCUGCAGUCAAAGUUCCCGUUCACUACCAUCACUUGCUGACCGUCAUGGUCUUUGGCGAUUUGAUGUUUCUGUCCAUUGGAAUGGCAAUGACGAUGUCUUGGCUGGCACCCUGCAUGUUCGCGCUCAUGUGUGUUAUCCUGCUCGGGAUGAUGGAUGUAGCGGCGCGGCUGUGGAAUCCAUUUGGCACCGACUCGACUGGCUUUGCGCUGCAAAUGUGGGCUGGGGAGUUCUUGGCCGGGGCUCGUGCAAUCUUGGAGUAC